AUGCCGCUCGAGAACAUCCGCCACAUCGUGCUCGUGCUGUCCGGCAAGGGCGGCGUCGGCAAAUCCAGCAUCACAACGCAGCUCGCGCUCGCCUUGAGCUUGCAGGGCAAAUCGGUGGGCGUCCUGGACAUUGAUCUCACGGGCCCGAGUAUACCGCGCUUCUUUGGGAUCGAGGAGAGCAGGGUGAAGCAAGCGCCGGGCGGUUGGAUACCAGUCGAGGUGCACGCAGAGCAGACGCUGCCAUUGACGCAACACGCCAUCGCCAACGCAAACGGGAGCACGCACGAGAAGGAGCAGGAGCAGGGCCAGGGCACGCACGUCGGCGCGCUCUCCUGCAUGAGCCUGGGCUUCAUAUUGCCCAACCGCGGCGACGCCGUCAUCUGGCGCGGCCCCAAGAAAACCGCCAUGGUGCGCCAGUUCCUGACGGACGUCCUGUGGCCGGAGCUCGACUUCCUGCUCGUCGACACCCCGCCCGGCACCUCGGACGAGCACAUCUCCCUCCUCGAGACGCUGCUCAAGACCACGGCGGGCACGUCGCAGCUCGCUGGCGCCGUCGUCGUCACCACGCCCCAGGCCAUUGCCAUCUCCGACGUCAAGAAGGAACUCAACUUCUGCGCCAAGACGGGCGUACGCGUCCUCGGCGUCGUUGAGAACAUGGCAGGCUUUGUGUGUCCCAACUGCAGCGAGUGCUGUAACGUCUUUUCCAAGGGCGGCGGGGAGGUCAUGGCGACGGAGUUCCACGUCCCGUUCCUGGGCAGCGUGCCGAUUGACCCGGCGUUUGUUAUGCUGAUUGAGGAGGGCGUCAGGCCGCGGUAUCCCAAGGGGACGGUUGCUGGGGGAAAGGCGUUGGUGGAGAGAGAAGAGGGGGUCGAGAGCAAGGAGGGCUUGUUGGUGGACAAGUAUCGGGAGUGUAGUUUGGCGCCUGUGUUUGAGGGUUUUGUUGGGAGGCUGGUGGCGGAUGUUGAAGGGAGGACCCGCGUGUGA